CCUCCUAUAUACCGCCUCCACCGAUCCCUCCUACACCGGCCCGGCCAGAUCAUCAAACAGCCACCAAGCACCGUCCAUGGCGCUCCGGCAACGACUCUGGCUCUGCGGCGUGUGCGUGCUCGUCGUCCUCCUCCUCCAGGCCGCCCCGUUGGCCUGCGGGCGCAGCCCCCCGCAGCCGUGCUACAAGACGGUGACGGGCGUGCAGAGCUGGUGCGCGGGGGAGUUCAUCCUGGCGCUCUUCGACGGCGUCAAGGCCCACCCCAUCAAGGAGUACUGCUGCGUGCAGCUCGCCUGCGUCCGCGAGCCGACGUGCGCCUCCGUGCUCCGCCGCGUCUGCCCGCCCCCGACCAAGUAUCUGCCGUGCCCGCCGCACCUGCCCGGCCGUGUCUACGCCAGCCACCGGGCGUUCGAUGCAGACGAGCUGCUCGGGUCAACGCAGACGGGCGUGACAUCCAUGGAGGUUCAGGGAGGCUUGAAGCAAGGGCAGCAGCACGGAUCCGUGGGGAACUGCAAGGAACGGGCGUGGGCGAUGGGGUCCUGA